CGCACCCCCUGUUCGGAUUCGGGUAGGGACGCGCCGGGUGUGGCGGGCCGGGCGCGGCUCGGUGGCGGCGGACUCUCCUUCCCGCUCCGUCCCCGGCUGGGCCCCGGGGGGCCGGACCUGAUGACCCUCAAUGAUGUGGCUGGGGACUUCAGGGAAGAACGGGCACUACUUAGAGAAUCCUCUUCAGGGAUACGAGCCAGCACCGUUAGAAGAAUGGGCUCUCAAAGGGAUUUCUAGACCAAGUGUCAUCUCCCAGCUGGAACAGAAAGACGAGUCAUGGCUUCUACCACCCCGACAUUUUGAGGCAAGAGACAUCCUAAGGGGAAGUCACACAGACUUGGAGAGUCAGCUGGAAAAACUCCAUCAGGCUGUUUCUGAAACAGCAGAACCAAGCGGAACAUCCUCAGAAGGGGCCAGUACAGAUGUUUAUCAGACACCUGGCUGGGGAGGAAGCUGGGGGAGGGGCCUUGAAUUAGAACCUGGGACCCUUCCAGGGGAGGGCCGUCGGGACAUGGAUUCAGACAAGCUCCUGGAUGGAUAUCCAGGAAAGAAGCCUGUGUGUGCAGAAUGUGGGAAAACCUUCAGCCAGAGCUCCUAUCUCAUUAGACACCUCAGAACCCACACCGGCGAGAGGCCUUAUAAAUGCACUGAGUGUGGGAAAGGCUUCAAGCAGAGCUCAGACCUCGUCACCCAUCGCAGAACACACACAGGAGAGAGACCCUACCAGUGCAGUGGGUGCGAGAAAAAAUUUGGCGACAGCUCCACGCUCAUCAAACACCAGCGGACCCACACAGGCGAGAGGCCCUACGAGUGCCCGGAGUGUGGGAAGACUUUCGGGCGCAAGCCGCACCUCAUCAUGCACCAGAGGACCCACACCGGAGAGAAGCCCUACACGUGCCUCAGAUGUCACAAAAGCUUCAGUCGAAGCUCCAAUUUCAUCACCCACCAGAGGACCCACACGGGAGUGAAGCCUUACAGGUGUGAUGUCUGCGGGGAGAGUUUCAGCCAAAGCUCGGAUUUGAUCAAGCACCAACGAACCCACACGGGGGAACGGCCCUUUAAAUGCCCCGCGUGUGGGAAGGGCUUCACCGACAGUUCUCACUUUGUGGCUCACAUGAGCACGCACUCAGGAGAAAGGCCCUUCAGCUGUCCCUCCUGUCCCAAGAGUUUCAGCCAGAGCUCACAUCUGGUCACGCACCAGAGGACACACACCGGCGAGCGGCCUUUUAAGUGUGACGCCUGUGGCAAAGGGUUCGCCGACAGCUCCGCCCUCGUUAAGCACCAGCGGAUCCACACGGGAGAGAGACCCUACCGGUGUGGCGAGUGCGGGAAGAGCUUCAGUCAGAGCUCCCACUUCGUGACCCAUCAGCGGAUCCACUUAGGAGAGAGACCGUAUCCGUGCCCCGAGUGUGGCAAAACCUUCAACCAGCGUUCCCACUUCCUGACACACCAGAGAACACACACGGGAGAAAAACCCUUUCACUGUAGUAAAUGUGACAAGAGCUUCCGUCAGAAAGCACAUCUUUUAUGCCAUCAAAACACUCAUUUGAUUUAGGAAUUAAUCUUUAGUGGGUUUUGCUGCUCCCUUCCAAAAAAUUAAAAAAAAAUAUAUAUAUAUAUAUUUCUAUUGACUUCAGAGAGAAAGGGAGAGGGAGAGAGAGAGAAACAUCAAUGAUGAGAGAAUCAUUGAUUGGCUGCCUCCUGCAUGACCCCCGCUGGGGAUCGAGCCCACAACCCAGGCAUGCGCCCUUGACCGGAAUUGAACCUGAGACCCUUCAGUCCACAGGCAGACAUUCUAUCCACUGAGCCAAACCGGUUAGGGCCACAUUUUUAUCUUUUUUUUUUUUUAAUAAUAUAUUUUAUUGAUUUUUUUACAGAGAGCAAGGGAGUGGGAUAGAGAGUUAGAAACAUCGAUGAGAGAGAAACAUCGAUCAGCUGCCUCCUGCACACUCCCUACUGGGUAUGUGCCCACAACCAAGAUACAUGCCCUUGACCGGAAUCGAACCUGGGACCCUUGAGUCUGCAGGCUGACGCUCUAUCCACUGAGCCAAACCGGUUAGGGCCACAUUUUUAUCUUUAAGUACCCCCCGAUAGAGAAAACUAUCUUCAAGCACCCCAAUUAGGAACCUGGGCACCAGUGGCUCGAGUUGGGCCCUAAUCUGUUCCCUCUCUUUUUCUCCCAUGUUUUAAUGGUAAGGAUAAACCUAUAGGAUCCAAACAACGCAAAAGGCAUUCCUUCAAUGUUUUUGAUGGCUUCUUAGGGAAAUAUAAGUUGAAUGGUUGAUGCCUGGUUACUCUAAGAGAAGUGAAAUAAAUGUGACCUAAAGGUCUCAUGUAAGCCACCUAGUACAGUGCCUGGCGCAAAGUAGGUGCUCAGUAACAAAAUGGUCCCAUUAUCACUAAAAUGGUUAAUAUUUGAGAUCUUAUAUAAAGCCCUCACUAUUGUGCCUGCCCCUUAAAAGACACUCCCUGCCAAGCUAGUUGCUUAUAUCAGCCUCAUUACACAGUAAGGCAUUUAUUAGGGCAGCCCCGCCAGCCGAGGACUUGCGAGCAAUUAGGUAGGCAUUGGGAGAUUUGGGGUGUGAGCGCCCAGAUUUAAUAAAACAAGAAAACACUCUCUCCCAAGCCAGUGCUAUGCAGGCAUUAGUCACCAGAUGUCUCAUCGCCAUGACGAGGCAGAAUUACCGAGAGGAUGUUUGCGGUCUUGUGACUAAGAGGCUGAACGAAUUUCAGACGCGUUCUGUACAGCAGCCGGGCCCGAGGCGCUCCCAUUGGAGGUUGGCUGCCAUCUGAGGCACAGGAAGGUCCAGUGACAAGCAAGCCAGAGGGGCCUGGAAGAGGACUGUCACCCUGUGGAAGCAAGAUUCCCGAGGCGACUGAGCAACGCAUCCAGCUGCAGGACACAGCGCCUGUUUUCGAAUCUGCUGGGUCCUUUGCCUUUUAGCUUUAAGUCACUGCAACAACUCUGUGACCCUCUUCGGGUCAUUCAUUUUACACACCGGUACAUUCCUGAAUUUAACUGAAAUGUACUGAGGAAAGCCAGUGUUGACAGGAGCACUGACUUCUCGGAGAAGGAGGGCUGUCUGAGUCCUGGCCCAGACACUUGACCUUGGCCAGACUUCCGCCUUUUGUCAGGCCCUACCUUCCCUACCUCGCAAGGUGGUUGUGAGAGCCUAGCACGCACGCACGCACGC